CGCGGGAGGAGAAGGAGGGCCUUUAAGCCGGGCGCCCCAACCGCACAGACCGGCACUGCAGCUCUGACAACCGUCGUCGCCGCUGCCGCUCCAGACCGGCUGCGGCCUGCACGCUCCUCAUCCGCCUGGCAACGCUUCGCCUCGCCGCCAUGGCCAAGCCUCUGUCGGGACAUGUGUGCGUGGUGACGGGCGCCUCUCGGGGCAUCGGCAAGGGCGUCGCGCUGCAGCUGUCCGGGGCGGGCGCCACCGUGUACAUCACGGCCCGGCACCGCGAGGCGCUGGAGGAGGCGGCGGCGGAGGUGCGGGCCCGCGGCGGGAAGUGCGUGCCGGUGGUGUGCGACUCGUCCCGGGAAGAAGACGUGGUGGCGCUGUUCGAGCGCGUCCGGCAGGAGCAGGCGGGCCGCCUGGACGUGCUGGUCAACAACGCCUUCUCCGGGGUGGGCACCAUCGUGGAGGACUUCGGGCUGCCCUUCUGGGAGAGCUCGACGGCCCUGUGGGACCAGGUCAACAAUGCGGGCCUGCGGGGCCACUACAUCUGCACCGUCUACGCCGCCCGUCUGAUGGUGCCCGCCGGGAAGGGGCUCGUCGUCACCAUCUCGUCGCCCGGAGGGCUGCGCUACAUGUUCGACGUGCCCUACGGGAUCGGCAAGGCCGCCUGCGACCGCCUGGCCGCCGACUGCGCCGUCGAGCUGCGCCCCUUCGGCGUGGCCUCGGUGGCGCUGUGGCCGGGCUUCGUGCGCACCGAGAGCCUGGCGAAGGAAGUGGAGAGCAGGACGGGGCCCAUGAUGGCGAAGCUGAAGGAGAAGAUGGCCUCCAUGGGAGAGACCCCCGAAGUGAGCGGGAAGUGCGUGGUGAGCCUGGCGUCGGACCCGCGCGUCAUGCGCCACAGCGGGAAGGUGCUCCUCAACCCGGACCUCGCCCGCCUUUACGGCUUCAAGGAUGUGGACGGCAGGGAAGUCUUCAACUAUCUCUCGGUGCGGGACAUCCUCUCGGAGCUGAUGCCCAAACUGGCUGGUUUAUUCCGCCUCAUACCUCGGUUCAUCACCAUCCCCAAGUGGGCUCUCGCUCUCUAUUCUAGCAAGUUUUCCGUUUACCCACCCAUCCAGCCGCCUCUCCUUAAAUCAAAAAAAGAAGCCUAAGAGGUAUAUUGUACAGGGUUACAGCUAUGCCUUUAACCUUCUCCGAUUGCUCAAAACUUCAUUUUGACACUUCCUUGACUGGUGCAUUAAUUAUUUUAUUAUUACAAUUGUUUGCAAUGGAAAGCACUUCCAAGUUUGAAUUUGAAAUCAUUUUAAGACAGUGGUUUCCACCAGGAAGGGCUGAUUUCUGCAUUAUCUUCUUUCUGUGCUUGCUAGAAAGCUGUUAAGAGAUUCCUUAUAAUUCUGUAUUCAAUUAUAAGCCCAAGUUCUGACACUUUGGGGUGCAUCUUUCAUCAUUCCUGUAUUUCAAAUGUGACAGAAGUAGCUGAAACAAGCUACUCGGCAAUUAAAUGCAUUUGCUCUGAGAGACUUUGUCAUAGCUGGCGAUACUUUGCCCCAUUUUUUUGCCCCUGUGAAACGCACCAUUCUUGCCCACCCCUAAAUUUGCUGCACGGGUCCUGGUGGUAUCACUGCAUCUUUAUCGAAGAGCUAGCUCUGUUUUAGAUCUGGAAGAUCAUCCCACUGCAGGAAGGGAGGAUAGUUUUGCACUCUGGGAAAAUGCACAAACUGCUCAGGUAAUCCAGAGAGUACACACCUUACGUUUUGCUCUAAUAUAUGUAUUGGUAUGGGUUUAAAAAAAAAAAAACCUU